AUGUUGAGGAUAAAGGAUUUUUUUGGAAUUACAUCGACGCUCAAAAUACUUGGUAUCGAUAUUUUAGGUCCAGUGGAUGCGCCUACUUUGAAACGGCCCACCCUCUUCAUUAUCAUCUUUUUCUUUUUUAUGUUUUGGCUAACAUCUCAGUUGACCAAUUUACUAUGGCAUUUCGUCACAUUGAGCGAUUCAAUUGUAUCUGUGGAGACGUCCCUGCACAGUGUCUUGUCUUUUAUUAAGAUACUGGUUUUCUUUCGCUACGCCCGCCGUCACAAGCAACUGGUAAACGAUUUGGAGGGGCUGGCUAUGGAGGGUCAUACACAGGAGCGUUUCAUAUGGCAUCUGAAGAGUCGUGAUGCUUUUCGUGUGACGAAGUAUUAUCUCUUUGCCAAUGCCUCAACUGUGUUUUACUACUGGGUGCGACCACUUUUCGAUAUGUUGAUCAAUUCUAUAAAAGGUGCACCUUUUCAGCCGCUAUUGCCGUAUGAGGGCACCUUCCCAUACGAUCCAACCAAACUCGUCUACUACAUUUCAACGUACAUUAUAACUAUUAUUGGCGUGCUAUUCAUCACAGUGCCAGCCAUUACCAUGGAUAACCUUUACUUUUGGUACAUCCAAGCCAUAACUGCGCACUAUCGUAUUCUUCACUUGAAAGUAUUGGCUAUGGCUACCACUGCGGCAAACGGCGACAAUUCUUUUAAGGAGUUUCACCAUAGACUGGCCUUACUUUCGCAGUAUCACCGCUCAAUUACUGCCUUCAUUCUGGAGUGCAAUACGAUUCUCGGUCCAAUGCUCUUCGCAAACAUGGGAAUAGACUGUUUUCUAACAUGCGUAUUGAUAUAUUCCUUCGGUAGCUUACCCAAUCUCCAAUAUGUGCCCAUUUACAGUUUGCUUGCAGUGGCAAAUGGCUUUCAGAUUUUCAUGUAUUGCUAUGGUGGCGCCAAAUUGCAAAGUGAGGUAUUACGCACGGCUUUCUCAUUUGCAACUGUCCUAUUUACUGUUACUGGAUCCACAACUCCGAUUUAA